CAGGAAGAGCGGAGUGUGGGCUGACCCUGCCAAGAAGCGCGGGGCUCUUUCCGCAGAACGGCGGCGAGCUGCCGGGGUGGGGACAGGCUGUCAGGGCCGGCCCCUCCGAGAAGAGGAAGCUUUGGAGAAAAUCAGCCCCGCACAGAGCGCGGCGGAGGCAGAGCCUGCCCGGCGUCACUGCCUGCAGCCGCAGCCCGGCCCUCGGCGUGCACCAUGCGUGGCCGCCGCUGAUGGCCGCGGCGGGGACAAAGGGCGCUCCGGAGCGGGACUGCGAGGCCAUGACCCUGCAGCGGCCGCCCCUGGCCCCUCGCGGGGCCUCGGCCCCGGUGCUGUACGUGCACAGCAUGCCGGCCUGGGUGCUGGAGGAUUUCUGCCGCAAGAUGGACUGCCUCAGCGACUACGACUGGAUGCGGUUUGCCUCCUACGUGAUAACUGAUCAGACAGAGCUACGGAAAAUCAAGUGCCUGGAGAAGACGGGGAUCAGCAUCACGCGGGAGCUGAUGUGGUGGUGGGGAGUGAGGCUGGCGACGGUGCCGCAGCUGCUGGAGCUGCUGCAGGGGCUGCAGCUCUACCGGGCGGCCCAGGUCAUCCUGGACUGGACAUCAGCCUCUAACAUCAGCAUUAGCAGCUCUGAGAAAGAAGAGCCGGUAGCGCCGCCUAAGCAGGAGAACACACCUGUACCUGCCCCGGAAAACAAACCGAGAGAGAGGGAAAAAGAGAUAAGUGUGGUGCCGUCACCAGACUCUUCACAUCCCGCAGUGUCACCCACAGCUCCAGGUGCUGUUUCCGAAGGAGCCUUGUAUUCACUCCCUUCUCCACCACCUCCCCCAAGAGACCUUUUGACAUCCUUGCAGUCAAACCCUCCUGUCUCAUCAAGUGUGAAGCCUUGCAGCUCUUUUGCGCCUCAGCAGGAAACAAGGACGGAUCUCCCCAGCGGGAGUCUCCUGUGGACCCACGGGGAAGUCACUGCUGCCACCAACGGCUUCAGCGACAAGAGCAGGAUUUGUGAGGGUACUUUUGCGGACAUCUACAAGGGUCAGAGGAACAACACAGUGUAUGUCAUCAAAAGACUGAAAGAGAUGGAAUGCACAAGCCCAAAUUCCACCCAGAGAUUCUUUCACACAGAAGUACAGAUUUGCUUUCGGUGCUGCCAUGUCAACAUUUUGCAGCUGCUGGGUUUCUCAGUAGAAACUGGACUGCACUGUCUGAUAUAUCCGUACCUACCUAAUGGAUCCCUGCAAAACAAACUUCAGUGUCGAGAUGACUCUGCUCCGCUGACGUGGGAGAUGCGAAUGAGCAUUUCCAUAGGUCUCAUCCGAGCUGUAGAGUAUUUACAUAAUUUUGGAAUCCUUCACGGGAAUAUCAAAAGCUCAAAUAUCUUGCUGGAUGAAAACUUUACACCAAAGCUCGGACAUUCAGGUCUGCGAUUGUAUUCUGCUGAUAAAAAAUCAGAAUGCGCUGUGAUGAAAACCAAAGUCCUGCAGGCUUCUCUGACCUACCUGCCUGAAGAUUUUGUCAGACACGGGCAGCUGACAGCCAAAGUUGAUGUAUUCAGCUGUGGUGUGGUCUUAGCAGAGAUACUGACAGGGAUUAAGGCAUUGGACGAAGGAAGACGCCCUAUGUAUCUGAAAGAUAUGAUUGCUGAUGAAAUUCAAACAGCGAAAGAAAGCUCGUACUCCAAAGUCCAAAGUGUUGAAAAGCUGGCUGCCAAGGAAAUAUGCUCUAAAUAUCUAGACAGGAACGCAGGACACUUGCUGGAGGAGGUUGCUGUUGAUUUUGCCUCGGCCAUCUGUUUUUGUCUGAGAAAGAAGAAUUCAGGCAUAGCAGAGGUGCUUGAAAUUAUGGAAAUGGCUGAAAAUAAAUUAAGAGAGCAUUACAUCUGUGGAAGCAGCAUUUCUGGCUUCUCCAUGAACACUCCAGAAGAAACUGAUGACGAGACGGCCAGUGUCAGCACAGACGCGCCUUCUGCAGGGGAGAGCAGAGGGGCCAGCACGCAGGCAGCGGUGCCGAGCAGUGCCGCCCCGCGCACGGCGCUGCUGGGGGCCCCGGCGCCCCACACGGACUGCGGACAGCUGUCCAGGGUCCCCUGUGAGUCCGAUGAGUCAGCCAGCUUUAUCUGGAACCCUUCAGACAGAUCUACAGAUGAGCUACCUGGCAGCAGCUGUAACAACUCCGAAAACACGGCAGCCUCCAAUGACAGGAUCAAGCAGGAGAAACCUGCACUCCAGGAAAGGAAUGCAGCAUGUGCCACACAUGAGGACGUCUUGGCAGCGGCGGCUGCUGCACCGAGCACCUUGCAGCAAACCAACGCACAGCUUGACUCUUCGUGCUCCUCACAAGCAAUAGCCAGAGAGACAUCUUGGAAAAUAAAGAUAAAUGAUAAAAAAAAGAAGCUCAUGGAAAAUAUUUUGCUGUAUGAAGAAGACAAAUUAAACAGUUCUGAACUUUUCGAAUCAUAAAUUGGAUGGAUUUAUUAGCAGUGGCCAGCUCAGAAGAAGAAAUAAGGACUUUCUCUUCAUUAAAAGAUGGUAAAAGUGUGCCUUUCAUGUAAGGUUAAGUAGCAGCUUUGGAUCAGAAACAUUACCCCUGGCUGAAGAAAGCAAAAGUGAUGACACUGAGAAGAAACAGAAAAUCUCUGUUCCAAAGCAGAUCAAAGCACAAUGCUGCCCUGUAAGCAGAAACGCCUUCUUCUUUUUCAUCUGCAAUGUGACAAGCUAUGGCAAACACAAGCAAUGGCCAAAAUCAUUUCUGAUCCCUUUGCAGCGUAUUUCGGAAAGCACUUACAUGGAAUGGAUGUCUUCUUAAAACCACAGUCCCAGCAGUUACAGGGCAAGCGCUGAUCGGCGAUCCGGGAGCAACACCCUUCGUGGUUUCCCAUUGUGCACGAGCAGGCAGAAAUCUCCAGAGCCUGGAGGACGUUUCAGUUUUCAAAUGAAUCUAUCCCAGCCAUUGAAUCUUGGUCCAACCCACAGCUCUACCGGAGAGGGGGAUUCUUUUGGAAGUUCUCAGAUGUGUUCUGCAUGACUCAGUCUCAGUUUGAAUGGCACUGAAUGUGCUGGAAAGAAAGAAUUUCAGCCACUUUAGUUUACUCUAUGAGCUGCUCUCCUCCAUAUGUACAUAUGACAUCCCUUGAAGUCCAACAUUUACCUUUUGCUGUCAGAGCUCUAGGACAGUGUUUCAUUCUUUGUAAGAGUAUUUUUGGAAGUUAUUUUUUUCUAAGUGUCCUUUACAUGUUGUUAAGGUUUCUCAUUGUGUUUCACACGGUAACUUGUAUAUUUUGGAUUAGGGACAAGAUUUUAAUUUAAAAUAUCUUUAAUUUUGUCAUAGGUCACUUGAAAUCCAAUUUAUUACAUUUAUUUUGGCAAUGGGUUAAAGAAUCAGUGAAAGGUGAGCUACCAGUGGAGCUGUUCCCGGAGCGUGCUCACCACGGGUUGGUGUCUCCUGGCUGACCACCAGCAGCCUCGGGGUCAGCCUCGGUGAGCGCUCCUCAAAGGAAAAAUAGAAGCUUGUAUGCUGGCAUAUUAUCAAGUGAAAGCCCCUCUAAGCAAGCGGCACUGUUAUUGUUAGGACUGUUUGUUAUUUGUGAUACUGUUAGCAUAUUGCCCUCUCCUGCAGCCUAAGCAAAUACGGGUUUGUUAUCAACAGAAAGAACCAGCAGAAGGUGCGGCUCAGCUCCCAGACAGGUGACUGCUGCCUCCUCAGCAGGGACACGGGCCCUGCUGUACAGAAACGCCUGAAUUCACAAGGGACUUCAGGAAAUGGUUUUUUAAACAUGAAUUUACAUGCAACUCUUUUCAUUGGAAUUGUGUAGUGGUAUCUUUUUCCUAGCUUUAUGCAAAGGUUGAGUAAAGCUUCAUAUCUUCUAUAUUUGCACAGUACCUCAUUCAUCGUAGGUACUCUUAUGAGCAAGUAAAAGUAUUUUAACUAAAGACUUGAGUAUUAGAAUCAUCUGUACAUUUAUCAAAUUUAUUUCUACACUAAAACCUGGUAAAAAUCCUUAAUUAUAAGUGCCUUGGAUACUGUCUAUAUAUUUGUCAGUGUCAGUAAGUUUAUUUUACCAGAAUGAAACCAAGAAAACACUGGUACUGACACCACAAACAUUGAGUAUAUUCGGGUUGCUCAAUAAUUGCUUAAUUCUACAUGAGAUUUAAUUGAGAUACUUUAUGGUGUUGAAAAUUUAAUAUUUAUUGUUUUCCAUGGAUAUAUUUUUGGGAGAUCCAUGGUAAAUACCUUGGGUCCCCUCCAGGAAGAAAUGCACAUAGACACAGCCCAGAGAACACAAGUCUUUACAAUCGAGAAACGUAAUUUAGACACAGCUCUGUUUCAUAAAAACGCUUUAAAGGUUCUGUUCUCCCCUAGUCACAACAUCAAAUUGUUAUUCUUUGCUUUGUUCCAUGUUAGUUUUUAAAUGGUCUGAGGUGAAAUACAUGGUCUUGUAGAGUUACAGAAACAUAUAACGUAACAUAUAUAAGACACUGUAGUCUUGCAAUAUGGUAUUCUGUUACAUAUCUUGCCUAGUCAGUAGAACGUAUGUUUAAUCUCAACUUGGCAUAUUUAUACAUUACCAAUUACUAAUACCUUUGUGAUUAAAAAAAACAGAGCAAACCUGCUUUUGCAUGAUUUAUGGCACAGAAAAAUGCGUCUCAGUCUGCCCUAUUAGGUAAAUUUGUGUUAGCAGGGAAGCAGCUCAAAGUCUCUUUGCACACAAUAAUUAGGAAUUAUUAGUACAAACAUGUUAAUCCAGUCUUCAUUCACUGUUAAAUAGCUGAUUUUUUUUUCCUUUGAGGCAUCCCUAGAGAAAAAUGCCACCCUAAAAUGAAUAAUUACAAGGAUUACCGAGAUGUAACUGACAUCUAUUGUUGUUUCGAUGCACAAUCUAUAGUAUCCUUUAUCCUGAAGACAUUGUAGCUCUGUCAUAAAUGAAGAACAACUCCGAUUUUUUUAAAUCCAUGAAUAUUAUAAUGAGGGCACAGAAUGAUUUUUUAAAUAAUCGUUAUACAACUAUGCAAGUAAAACUAGUUUGGAGAUUAGCACCUCCCAGAGGUGCUUUUCAAACCUAGAGGCUGAAUAUCAUCCUGUAUUGUUGAUUAAUGGUAAGAAUUAUCAAUUCAUUGACAUAUUUUAUGUUUUCUUGUAUGUUCAAUUCUAAUAAUGUGAAUAAAUACAAACAUGGAAGCAUCAUGUCUACUAGCAAAACUAAGAAGGCAUUGAAAUAUGUAGAGUGUGAAGAAAGCUCCAUUACACAGUUUUUUGAGGUUACUAAUUGCUAUGUAACAAACUAGCAUUUUUUCUGUAUCUAUUGACUGCACCUUGUCUAUCCUUUGCAUUAAAACAUUUUUGUAUCUAAAAAUGAAGUGUCCAUGCUACAAAAUAUACAGCUUCCACCAUUUA